ACCUUAGGAACGAACACCUUGCGUUGUCUUCAAAAACACGGAACCACCUUGUGAAGGAAGGACAUCAUGAUUACACCUAUAAUUCGUCAUACUGGCUCGAAGCUACUCGGGCAACAGCGGCUGGCCGGCAGUACGCGUAUCGCGAACCUGAACACUUCGAGCCCUCAGAUCCCUGUGGGAUCCCUCUUAUAUGUCCCGGCUUCUUCGGACAAGUUUCUCCAGAAAUCACUCGGCUCUGAUUCCUCCACGAUCGUUUACGACCUAGAAGACUCGGUACACGAAACGGCGAAAGACUCCGCUCGCGAACGGCUGUCCAAGUUCUUGCAGGACCUCCCUCAAAAUCUUCCUAAUCGACCGCUGAAUGGGACAUCAGUGGCCGUGCGGCCUAAUAACCCAUGGACUGGAUCUGAAGCUGGCGCUGUAACGAGCGAAAGCUUCUACGAGGAUCCUGGUAAUUAUUCAGGAGGAGGCCCUCUUGAUCUGGCAGAAAUCUGGGGCCACGCGAAGGAACCCGGGGGACGAACUUUGCCGAUGAUGUUGAUGCCCAAGGUCGAAUCUGCAGGCAUGCUAGAUGCGCUCGGCAAUCUUUCCUCGAACCGAGGCAGAAAGAUCCCAUUGAUAGCCUCGAUCGAAUCACCAGGAGCGUUGAUGCGGUUAGGAGAGAUUGCUGCAUGGCGUGGACAAAAUCUGGAGCUGGUUGGACUAUUAUUUGCAGCUGAAGACUUCUGUGCCUCGUCUGGAAUCAUCCGGACACGAUCUCGAAUGGAGCUGCUGCAUGCCCGUUCGUCAGUGGUGAUAGCAGCCAAAGCAUACGGACUCUCUGCAAUCGACAUGGUCUGCGUGGACUACAAGGACAUGUGUAUAUUGCGGGAAGAAUCCGAGGAGGGUCGAAGACUAGGUUUCACGGCAAAGCAAGCGAUCCAUCCGAGUCAAGUCGAGACUAUUCUGAACGCCUACGCACCUUCGGCAAAGGACAUCGCUCGUGCACAACAGAUCCUGGACAUCAUGUCGUCGUCCAAACGCGGUGCAGAGGGGCUAAAGAGUGAAGAUGGACGGGAGGAGAUGAUCGAUAGGCCGAUGGUACUUCAGGCCGAGCGGACGAUCCGGGAAGCUACUGCUGCAGGCCGGUUACAACCUAGACCUCCUGCUGGAACCCGAGCUUACAGUACUGCUCGACCAUCCGCUCCACGCAAGAGUUGCCCUAAUUGUGGAGAAGCCCUCGCACUGCAAGUGACACCGUGUACGGCAUGCCGAACGCCUUGCCCAUUACCGUCCGACAUUCUACACCACGCCUUGUUCGACUUGGUCCCUGAGGCAUCGAUGUCAAAGCCAGCUAAGGAAAUCUUGGAGGAAUUGCCAGGAGGCGGGUUCGAUAUCGAUUCUCGAGGCAUUCGGAUGACCUUCCUCAAAAAGCAACAGCGGAUACACCCAGACAGUUUCAGUGGAGCGGGCGAAAAGGAGCACGCUCUCGCGAUCGAUCAGUCUUCACAUUUCAACAAGGCGUACACAACACUGCUGAAUCCCUUGAGCAGAGCAAAGUACCUGCUUGACCAGUAUGGCUACGACAUCGCCGAAUCGGAUUCGCUGACGGAUCCCGAGCUGUUGAUGGAGGUGAUGGAAGCUCGUGAAGAGCUUGAAGAAGCUUCGACACAAGAGGAAUGCGAUGCCGUGCGCGAGUCGAACAGAGUCAAAUCGGAACAGGUUGUCCAAAACAUCCUCGAAGUCUUCAGCUCGAGUUCGGUCGAUCUGGAGCGAGCAAAGGGUCUUACAAUCGAGCUCCAGUAUCUGCAGAACCUGGAUAACGCGGCCAAAGAGUGGCAACCAGGCAAGAGGGUUGAGAUCACUCACUAAGAUGCAUAAGAUGACAUUGAGAUUACCCAUCGUGUCCAUUCUCGAGGCCAAUGAUGAGGUGAACAUCCGCAUCGGUUGAUCCUCGGGAGCAGAUCAACGAUCUCGUACUUUGCUUCCGACAGGGUCGAUCUUGCUUGACCGAGCUCGUAACCGCAUCCUUGCGUCUUUAGCACUUUGCAUCUUAUACUUCCACUCGC